GGCAGAUAAACCUCCAUGACUCUCCUCGGUCGCGCUUCACAUGUAAAUAAGCGGAAGUUGCAUGGAGAUUUUCCCGCGUUUUUGACUGCAGAGCUGGGUCACUGGGAGGGGCGGCGCAUCAGCAGCGACAACGGCGCACCGCCGCGCGUUGCUGCGAAACAGACCGAGCGUCCCCAUUCAGGAAGCGAGUGGGCUUGUGUUGUAGCGACGGAACUAUCGGACUGUACGAUGCCACCUAAAAAGCGUAAUUCUGGGUCGACACAGAGCAAAGGUUUGAAGCCCAGCGCAGAAAAUGCUCAAGCAGACAAGGGGAGUCCAGAGUUAUCCGUUAAAAAACACGGAGACAAAGAUGCAGCGUUCCUGAACCUGUGUAAAAGUCUGCAGGUCACAGACCUGGUGUGUGAUCGUGCCUGGGCGCUGUGGAAAAGUGUUCAAGAGUCGACCAAUGAGGCGUCUACCAGCCUGUGGGGGGGCUGUCUGUUUGUGACGGUGACAGACUUGGACGUCUCCUGUUUCACUCUCACUCAGGUCCUGAAAGCAGUCAGUCUGAACGUGAAAGACUUCCUGUCUGUGGUCAGGAAGAUGGACGUGAACUUAGACACCAUCACCACCAAAGUCAACGCAGCCAUGACGCGACUGGAGAAGAAGUACGACGUGACUCUGGCCCUGUACCAGAGGUUUGAGAAGACUUGUAAGAGAAUCUUUUCGCUGGUGUCCAAUGAGAAGGAGCGGGAGACGAUGAGGAGCUGCUGGACUAUGUUUCUUUUAGCCAAAGGGAGAGUGCUGCAGAUGGAGGACGACCUGGUCAUAGCGUUCCAGCUGCUGCUGUGUACGCUGGAGUUCUUCAUCAAACGCUGUCCCGUCAGCCUGCUGCAGCCUCCGUACAAAUCAGCCAUUACUAAGGUCCAGAGCCCCCCCACUCGAACAUCCCGUCGUUACCAAGGCAAAGCCAAGUCCAUCCGACCUCCAGAGCCGGAGGUGGACGUUCAGCUGCUGGAGACGCUGUGCAAAGAGAAUGACUGUAACGCAGAGGAGGUGAAGAACGUGUACCAGAACAGUUUCUCCGCCUUCCUGGACUCGUUGGAUCUGUCAAGAUCAUCUGAUGUCCCUCAGUCCAACGACCUGGACAAACAGUAUGAAGAACUCUACCUCAGGAGCAGGGACAUCGACGGACGGCUGUUCUUCGACGAAGACCCGACUGUUCUGCUGCCAAAAGUGGAAAUACUACAGGUGGAGAGAACACCAAAGAAGAACCUUCCAGAUGAAGACGGCGUCAUCAUUCCUCCACAGACACCGAUCAGGGCGGCCAUGACCUCCAUCCAGCAGUUGAGAGGCGACCUCAUCUCCACUGGAGACACACCAUCCACUACACUCACCACAUAUUUCAAAAACUGCACCGUGGACCCGACGCAGGGCGUGCUGAAGCGUUUGGAGAUGUUGGACCAGAGGUUCAGCCAACGAUUUGGUCAGGCCGUCGGACCACGCUGCGUCCUUCUUGGAAAUCAGAGGUUUACCCUGGGAGUCAGACUGUAUUACAAAGUCAUGGAGGCCAUGCUGAAAUCGGAAGAGAAACGACUUUCUGUGCAAAACUUCAGUAAACUCCUGAAUGACUCCACCUUCCACACCUCUCUGCUGGCCUGUGCUCUGGAGGUCGUCAUGGCUACGUACGGAGAGAGCAGCUUCAGGAGCGGCAGGCACCAAAAACCAAGUCACGUCACCUCGACCCUGGUCCAGUCCAACAUCCCAGCUGAGCUGGAACCGCUGUCUCACUCACCCGUCACCGACUGGUGCUGCCAACACCACCACCACCACCAGUACCAGUACCAGACCCACAGCCAGUACCCGGCGCCUCCCUCUGGGCCAGGCUGCUGGAGAAGAAGUAAACGAGUUGACGUGAUACGGAAGGAAACAGAACAGGAAGACGCCCAGCACCCAGUAGAUGAGCGUGAGCGUGUGCCUGCGACUGCGCAGCCGGCUGCGCUGGUGGUGCCUCGGCUGCCGCAGGACGCUCAGAACCCUGCAGUAACAGUAGAGCAGGAGCAGAGUGGGAACCACAAAGGACGCUUGGACCACCGCCAGGGCCGCCACGAUGACCGUCCUGUCCUGCAGCGAGGACGGGUCCAGCAGGCACGGGUGCUGUCCGUGAGCGGCGGCCGAUCUGAGCAGAGGCAAACCCACGCUGAGGCCCAGCACCAGGCACCAGAUCGCUGCGCUGACCAGCUGUGCCGCGCGCAGCCUGCGCAGCAUCGGUGCCAGCGGGUGGACCACGGCGAAGUAGCGGUCCACGGCGAUGCCCACCAGGAAGAAGAUGCCGCCGUAGAGGCUGAUGUAUUUGAGGAUGAAGGUCAGGUGACAGUAGACCACCCCGGUGGUCCAGGUGGACUGGUCCCCCGGGCUGGACAGCGCCUGGGCCUUUUUGUAGUAGAAGAAGAUCCUCAGAGGCAGAGAGAGGACGAAGCACAGGUCGGCCACCGUCAGGCUGACCAUGUAGGUGACGAAGGUGCUGUUGAAGGUGCAGCGCGACCGGCAGAGUCGGUGCAGGGCCAGGCCGUUGGUGACCAGGCCCAGCAGGAAGAUGAUGCUGUAGGACACCUGGUAGAAGGUGAACCUGUAGCUGGUGUCCACCGUGCAGUUGGACAGAGACCAGGAGAGCUUGGCGGCUGCGACAGUCUGGGUCUUCAGGGUCAGUGUUCUGGGGGUCGUACUGGGGCUGCUCUGCGUGCUGUCCAUCUGCAGGCGGUCCAUCAGCCUGGCGCCGUUGUGCCACACCGUGGAUUUACGCUUGAUGGAGGUCUGAAUGCUCUCCGAGGUGAAGUAGUAAAUGACCGGGUCGAAGCAGCAGUUGGUCACCGCCAGGCACAGGGCGAUGGGGUAGAUGGUCCUGACCACGGACUCGGCGUAGCAUCCUUUCAAGAUGUUGGAGCGCACCAGGGCGUAGAAGAUCAGGUUGACGUUGUAGGGAAUGAAACAGAAGCAGAAGACGAACAAGUGCACGAAGACCAUCCGCAGGAUUUUGGUUUUGUUGAGAACGCCCCCGCGGCUGACGGUCUGCGGCCGCCUCAGCGUCCGCAGCACCAUGAUGGAGCAGAAGACGUUGAGCAGCAAGGGGAUGAUGAAGCCCACCGUCUCGAUGAAGAUCACCACCUUGGACAGCUCUGCUUUCCACUCAGUAGGCCGGUGGGAAUGCUGCCGGAGAGGAUCAUGACCCACACCAGGCAGCAGGCCAGCUUGGCGUUCCUUUUGUUCCGGAUCACCUGCGACCUGAAGGGAUGCACGAUGGCCAGGAAACGGUCCACACUGAUGCAGCGUGCAGCCAAAGAUGUAGACGGCCACCAUGUUGAAAAUGAGUCCAAUCACAAAGACCAGGCUGAAGACGACGUUGUACAUGGGGAACCUGGUCGUGUGUUCUCCCCACAGGGUUCUCCGCUCUUUGAGCUGUUGAAACAGGAACACGAGGGUGGAGCCGCAGAGCAGGCGGAGACGACAGCCAGUUUCAACCAACCACUGCAGCACAACCACACGGCAGCCGACCUGUAUCUGUCCCCUGUCCGUCCAGGCCAUCGCGUCGCACCUCCAGAGUCUCCAGCCACUCCAAACUCUCACGCUUCCUCUCAGGCCGCGAACCAGCCGACCAAUCAGACUCCUCGACACAUCAAGUCCAACUCUCUCAGCCUCUUCUAUAAAAAGCUGUACCGUCUGGCUUACAUCCGGCUGAAGUUGCUCUGCUCCUACCUGCUGUCCUCCCACCCUGAGCUGGAGCCAAUCAUAUGGACACUUUUCCAGCACACGCUGCAGCACGAGUACGAGCUCAUGAGAGACCGCCACCUGGACCAGUUGAUGAUGUCGGCCAUGUACGCCAUCUGUAAAGUGAAGUCCGUGGAUCUGCGUUUCAAGACCAUCGUCACCGCGUACAAGAACAUGCCCAACGCCAACCAGGAGACCUUCAAGCACGUCCUGAUCAGUGAGGGCCACUACGACUCCAUCAUCGUCUUCUACAACCAGGUCUUCAUGCAGAAGCUGAAAACCAACAUCCUGCAGUACGCCUCGCCCCGGCCUCCGCCUCUCUCUCCAAUCCCACAAAUCCCUCGUAGUCCAUACAAAUUCCAGAACUCUCCUCUACGAGUUCCCGGCAGCAACAACGUUUACAUCUCUCCUCUGAAAAGUCCGCGGAUGUCUCCAGGGAUCAUGACUCCUCGCUCCAGGAUGUUGGUGUCCAUCGGAGAGUCCUUCGGGCAUUCCAGUCGCUUCCAGAAGAUCAACCAGAUGGUGAACAGCAGCGAGCGCUCCUUCAAACGGACGCUGGACAUGGGCUCCAUUCCCAAGCCUCUGAAAAGGUUGAGGUUCGAUGGGGACGGACAGGACGAAGCGGACGGGAGCAAAUCCAACGGAGAUUCCACCCUGAUACUGAAGCUCGUAGAGAUGAGCUCCACCCGCAGUCGUAUGCAGGAGCAGAAGCUGAAGGAGGACGCUGACAGCAGGAAGGAGUGACUCAGAAAAAAAAACAACAAAUUGACGACCUACUGAAACUGACCUGCACUGUUUUCCUUUUUUUUUUCUUCCUUUCUCUGUUUUUGUAUAUUUAGCAGAAGAUUCUAGUUUUGUAGUAUUUAACUUUGUGGCGUUUUUUUUUUUCCUCCCAUAAGUGUGUGGUGCCGCUGUCCUGCGCGGCGGGUUUUACUACGACGUACUCUGACAGUAUGUGAAGAUCUCUGGGUUUUUUCGUGUUUCAGCUGAUGUUUUACUGCGUGUUUUAACUGAAUCCUAAUUCAUUUGAUUGGAUUUUAUUUUUUUUUUUUUUUUCUGGAAGGGAUCAAUUUUUUAAGCGUCGGGUUUUUGGGCAUCCCUGGCUGUAUCACAUGACUGACUUCUCCGACCACUGUUUGGACUUUUUAACCGUUUGCCGUUUUUAUAACCGACAUAUCGUAGCAUUUCGGCGCGUUGUCACAAUUUCAGUCGUUGGAAAUGUGCGUUAACCUCGUAGGGAACUCUGGUCCACCGGUUUCUGCAGCGUUCUUUUUUUAAUUUUUAAGCGUAUUGUACUCCGAUCUCAGAGGUACACGUUUUGCCGUAGAGUAUUAAAUGUUUGGUGGAAAACAAUCAAAGAUUUCAUUUGCACUCAACCAAAAACCUGAGUUUGAAGUGUUUUUUUUUCCGAGUGUUGGUUUCAGGCUCCUGUGGACAAAACAAAAAAAGAUCAUGUUGUUUUUCUAUGGAUCUGUUUUGUUUCUUUUUUUUCUUUAAAUGCAAUAAAGACACACAUCAGCUGUGGUAAAAAUAAUCCAGGAAAACAUGGACUGGAAAUGUCAGCUGACAGAUUUAUUUGUCUUGUAAAAUAAAAAGUUUAUAUUGUACCUUAUUGGAAUUGUUUUCUGACAUAUUGAAUUUGUCGUUUUAAAUAAAGAACUAAUAAAUAAAAAAA